AAUAUUGAGGGAAUCUUGAUCUCCCUAUACAAAUUAGGAAUUUCAAUUAGCUUAACCCUAACCCGAAAAAUAAGAUCCCUAAUUUUGUUGGAUUUGGAUACAGAGGGAGAAAUAGAGACAUUCAAAUGUGAAAUUAGUCCAUCGCAAGGAGACAUUCAAAUUUGAAGAUGAUUUUUCCGAUCGUUUGUUCUCAUCUCUUUCGCAUCGCUUCUGAAGACGACGACAUCUACGCCAGGUACGAAUAGUGAGAUUGUGGCACGUUCCCGACCGCGACAAACCAGACAACACCGUCUCCCUUGAAUUAAUUAUUCAAGACGAAAAGGGCGAUCGCAUUCAUGCGACUGUUGGUCGGUCACUUAUACGUAUGUUCAAACCAAAGUUAAAAGAAUUGAGUUUGUACGUUAUGAAGAACUUUGUGGUUGGACCAAAUUAUACAAAACUUAAAUACACGCGGCAUAAUUUGAAGUUGGCAUUUACUCAUAAGACGAUUGUAGACGAAGCAAAUGAUCAUCUUUUUGGUAUGACUAUCUUCGACUUAAAACCUUAUGAGUAUUUGAUAAACAAAAUUGAUGUUGAAGAAAGUGAACUUUUCGAUUAUUAUAGAUGUCAUUGGAGAGGUUGUAAGUUAUGGUGAGGUAGAAUCCCAUACCCAAGGUGAUAAAACCAACAAUUAUAUGCAUGUGGAACUUGAAGAUCAUGAGAGGAAUAAUAUCUCUGCAACAUUUUGGGGAGAAUUCGUUGACCAAAUCUUGCCACAUUUACAGGGAUCACCCCAUCAGCCGGUCAUAAUUGUUAUGCAGUUGAUAAAAGUGCACAAAUUUCAAGGCAAAUAUUCUGUGCGUAAUACUUGGCAUGCCUCAAAGCUCUGGAUUAACCCGGAUCUUCCUCAAGCUAAUGAUUUUAAGUCCAGAAUGACAAGUGUGAAUGAAGCUAACUCUGCCAGGAUCAGUCAAAUACCUUCUCAGCGUAGUUAUUCUGUUUCUGAUGAGUUGGCUAAUGUGUAGAAGUUAAGACUAUUAGCGA